AAGAGUUAAAAUUAUAAUGGUGAUCUCCCUAUAAUACACCCCUCCCAUUCCUCUGUCCUAAUCAAUCUUGUUUCUCAAAGAUCCGAGGAACAGAGCAGAACAGGUCUCGGCCGGCGUAUCAACACCAUGCAGGCAGCGGCUGUGCCGGCGCCUCCCGCGCCGCGGCACCGCGCAUACACCGCGGUCGAGCCCCGGUGCGAGUGGGCGCGCACGGAUGACGCCGACACCCUCGUCGUCGACGUCUCCGGGUUCAGGAAGGAGGAGCUGAAGGUGCUCUACAACACCAGCCGUAAGCUCAAGGUAACCGGCGAGCGCCCGAUCGCCGGCGGCGGAAGCGGGCGAUGGGCGCGCUUCCUCAAGUCGUUUCCGGUUUCGAGGAGAGUCAACUCCGGCGCCAUCAGGGCCGUGAUGGACAAGGAACAAGCCCUGCUCUUUGUCAUCCUGCCCAAGGGAUCGGGCACGCAGAAAGAACAGCAACCUGGAAACCAUGUUCCUCUGCCGAAGGACGGAGGAGGGACAGCUAAUGCAGAUGGCUCAUCAGGCAGCGGCAGCAGUGGCAGCUUCCUGAGCGCCCAAGAAGAUGUAGAGAAGAAUAGGAUUGAGGAGAAAAAGAUGAUACCAGCGGGGACCAAGGGAAAAACACAAGGGGAGGAGGUAGUUGCCACACAAGAUGUGGGAAAAACACAAGGGGAGGAGGCCAUUGCCACACAAGAUGUACCAAUAACUUAUGGUAGUGCCGUUGCCAAUGCAAUUGAAAACGAUGGGGAUGACGGUCAGACAUGUAAGAACAAGAAGUGGUGGCAGAAAAUUAAACCUCUGCACGUUGUUGGGUUUGCUGUUCUCAUCCUUGCGCUGGUAGGAGUUGGCGCACUGUCUGUAAUUUUAUUACUGUGAAGCAUGUGUAAAAAGACGUGUGUGCAAGAAAGAACAUCCUGCGCAAUGGACAUAAGCAGACAACUUCUGCACUAAAAAAUUGAAAUGGAGAAACUGGAAGAUGCAAAACAAUGACUGCAUUUUCUCAAUUCAGUUUAUAAACUGUAGCACAUAUACUCCAGAUAACAUCCUGAAAGGAAGAAAAAAA